AUGAGGGGGUAUGGGGUUCUUUCCGUUCUCUUGUCCUUUCUCCUCCCAGUGAUUGCUAUCUUCGCCGACGAUGCUUUCCACAUCGAUUAUCACCAUGCCCUCCUCGGAAGCCCUCAGGCACAUGCUACCUUCUUCCACAAACCACAGCCAUCUACGAAUGCUUCCCUGCUCUACACGAUCUCGGACAAAGCCUUCCUAGGCGCUGUGAACCCUAGAGAUGGGUCAUUGGUGUGGCGUCAAUCCCUCGCGGAUCAUCCUACGAAUAAUGCAUCUACCUCAUUUCUGGUUGCAGGAGAAAGAGACGGCCAAAUCAUCAGCGGAUACAACAGAACGGUGGCUUGCUGGGAUGCCCUGAAUGGGCGCCUUGUGUGGGAUUACACCGUUCCUGAAGGCACCAAGGUCCAUGGAUUGCAGGCCAUCGCACUUGCAGAAUCAAGCGCGAAUGACAUCGGUCAAGACAUCCUGGUCCUUGCUUAUCCUGAUCAUUCUAACGCUCAUGCGAUCGUCAGUCGUGUUGCCGGUGAUGGAAGCGGUGCGAGAUGGCACUACGAAGAUUCAAGUCUAACCCUCGGAUCCUCCGCCUCGAUUGCCGCUUCUACGCAACAUGUCUACUAUGUUACGAAGUCGCAUGGUCUUUUGGCCGGCAGCAAAGCCAAGGUCGCCACGUUAGACAGUGCUACUGGGCAUGAGGUUGGUCAGGCCAGCGUCGCGAUUGGAUUGGAAGCAUUGGCUUUUGACGGGCAAUAUUCGGUGGCCUCGUGUGCACAAUCCCCGUUCAUGAUCUCCGCCGACAAAUCGUCCAGGUCGGUGAAGUUUAACCUUCUGGGACAUACAAAGGCUGCAACCCUCACACUCGAUGACAAGGGUGAAAACAUCGAAGAAAUAACCGUGCAUCAUGCUUGUGAUGCUGCUGCACCACUACGUUUUCUCCUUCAUAUCAAGGGAAAGACGUGCCAAUGGGCAGAAGUAUAUCACGUGGACGUCAAAUCUGGUGAAGCUACGAGAGCGUAUCUCUUGCCUGCCACUGAAGAGAAAAGCGCCUUUGCUGCCACCAGUAGCGGCUCCACCAUAUACUUCAUCCGUAGCACGGAAUCCGAGGUUGUUCUAUACUCAUCUGAGUCCCACGGCCAACUUGGGCGGUGGACGAAAACCACUUUUGGGACAACCUCAGGUAGCACGCCUUCUCACGUGGUCGCCGAGGUUAUCAGCAAGGGGCAAGCAAGCUUUGCUGUCCGUUUGGCGGAGACAACACCAAGUGGCAAUUGGUCGUUGAUACGCAACGGGGAGCUACUGUGGACAAGGCCGGAGAUGUUAGCUUAUGCCAGCACUGCAGCUUGGGCCGAAGAUGCUGGUCCGGACGCUCUGGCUGAAGAGCUCGAUCUCGAAUCCACAGUCAAUCCUUUGACUGCCUACACUCACCGGAUCAAACGACACUUUGCUGACUUGAUGAGUCUGCCCGGUCAUCUCCAGAAGCUCCCAGAAAACAUCCUCAAGCCAUCCCCAGAAUCUGAUGCCACAGCCCGCAGAAGUCUGGUCGGGACCAAGACGGUUAUUCUUGGCACCGUUCGACGAGAACUGAUGGCACUGGACGUCACAGACGGCGGCGCUCUAAAAUGGCAAAUCAAUCUUGCUUCCCACAUGUCCACAGGCGCCGAAAUGGAAUCCAUCAUUAUAGACGGAGGAAAGGCACACGUCUACCUAUCUGACGGAGCCUUGAUUGUGGUCAAUGCUUCCAAUGGCCAGCUCAUUGAACAUCGGUCUGGACAUGCGCGCAUCUCGAAGCUGGUCCGCAUUCCUGGCAGUCCGGCACCUGCGAUUAUUACCGUCGAAGCUGAUGGCACGCCUCGCCCAGCCGAGGAUCUCGCUUCCGUACAACCAUUAGAGGGCAGCACGGUGGUGACUAUCAGCGAGGAUGGCAAGGCUUUCGGCUGGACCAUCGGUCAAGGCGUCGAAAAGACGUGGACCCUUUCGCCGCGGGACGGUUCGAAGUUCAUCAAUGCUGUAGCGCGGGCGGAGCACGACCCUGUGGCAUCGAUCGGGAAGGUGCUUGGUGACAGAUCCGUUCUGUACAAAUAUCUCUCCCCAAACGUGGCACUCCUGAUCGCCGAGUACCAUUCUGACUUGACGGUCUACUUGAUUGACGCCGUCACUGGUGCCGUCCUUGAUACUGCAACACACCAGGGUAUCCUCCCGGGUACGGAUGUUCCUGCUGUUGUUUCAGAAAACUGGUUCGCCUAUUCCUUCACCAGUCAAGAUCCGGCCGGAGAAGGUAUAGCCACAAAACUUGUCAUUUCGGAGCUCUACGAGUCGUCAAUUCCAAAUGAUCGAGGACCUCUGGGUUCUCGUACAAACUUUUCCGAAUUCUCGGUUGAUGCGGGCGUUAGACCACACGUCAUCUCUCAGGCUUAUGCCAUCGCAGAACCUAUCUCCAACCUGGCCGUUUCGCAGACUGCGCAGGGCAUCACAUCGCGGCAGGUGCUGGCAACUUUACCGAACUCGAAUGCAGUCAUUGGUAUUCCACGCGAAAUACUGGAUGCACGAAGACCGGUGGAUCGCGAUCCCACGGCAACAGAGCGAGAAGAGGGGUUGAUGCGGUAUUCUCCAAUCAUUGAAUUGGACCCAAAGUUUCUCUUGACACACUCACGAGACGUGACGGGGAUUCGAAAGAUCUUGGCGUCACCAAGUUUAUUAGAGAGCACGAGUGUGGUAUUCGCGUUUGGGCACGACGUGUUUGGCACACAGAUUGCGCCCAGUAUGGCCUUUGAUGUCCUCGGGAAAGGGUUCAACAAAGGUCAACUUGUCCUCACCAUAGUGGCCCUUUUCGCCGGAGUUAUGGCAUUGAGACCUCUGGCUCAGAAAAAGACAGUGGAAGCCAGGUGGAGAUAG